UACCAUAUUCUCAAUUCCUAAUUGUUCUUAGGGAGAUAAAAUCUGUACUGUAUUGCAUGUAUGUAUGUGUACAUUUGUGUGUGUCUGUGUGAUUAAUCUAAAGCUACUAUGAGGAAGCUUCCAGGCCUGUUAAGUGUUAAACAUCUCUCAGACCUAGACCCUCACAGCUUCUUCCUUUUUCAGUAGGUCUGUUUGCUCAGAACCCUGCCUGGCCAGGAAGGAGACACAUCAGAAGAAUGGCUGCAGGAUUGCUGACAACCUGGUCACAGGAUUCAGUGACCUUCGAGGAAGUGACAGUAGACUUCUCCCAGGAGGAAUGGGCCUUGCUGGACCCUGCUCAGAAAAUCCUGUACAGAGAUGUGAUGCUGGAGAACUUUAGGAACCUGGCCUCUCUGGCAGGGUAUCAACUCUGCAAGCACAGCCUGAUCACUGAGGUGGAGCAGGAAGAGCGGAGGCCAGAGGGGAGAGGAAUUCUCCAAGGUGCUGGCACAGACUGGGAAACUCAACUUAAAUCAAAAGAUGCAAUUCUUAUGCAGAGUGUUCCUGGGGAAAAAACUUCCAAGAGCAUGAAAAUGGUACCAGCUCAACCUCGUGAGAAACCCUUGGGAUUUAAUCACUGUGGAAAAUUCUUCAGAAAGAACUGUCACCUUAUUUGUACAAGAUUUUGCAAGGGAGAGAAAUGCUACAAAUAUAAGGAAUAUGGGCAAGACUUUGACCAUUUCUCAACUCUUAGGAGUCAUGUGAGUACUCACACUGGAGUAAACAAUCUUGAAUUUAGUGACUGUGGAAUUACUUUCAAUCAAGAGUCGUCCUUCAGGAAACACUUAACUCUCACAGGAGAGAAAUCUUCUGCGUAUAAUCAAUACCUUAUGUCCUUCAGCUUACACUCUUCCUUUUUAGCACACGGACAAAUACCUACUGGAGAGAAACUCUGUGAAUACAGUGACUAUGGAAAAAGAUCUUCCCUUGGUGUCCAAAAAAAAAUGUAUACUGUGGAGGAAAGCUCAAAAUCUAAUGAACAUGGGGAAGUUUUCACUGACCCUUUGUCCCUUCAGAUAUGUGUGAGACCUCACACUGGAGAGAAACCUUAUGAAUGUGGUGAUUGUGGGAAAGCUUUUGUUUUUCAGUCUUCCCUUAAGAAACAUGUGAGAUCACACACUGGAGAGAAACCUUACAAGUGUAAUCAUUGUGGAAAAUCCUUCAGCCAGAGCUCUCAUCUCAAUGUUCACAAAAGAACUCAUACUGGAGAGAAACCCUAUGAUUGUAAAGAAUGUGGCAAGGCUUUCACUGUUCCUUCAUCCCUUCAGAAACAUAUGAGAACCCACACUGGAGAGAAACCCUAUGAAUGCAGUGACUGUGGGAAAGCCUUUAUUGACCAGUCAUCCCUUAAGAAACACAGACGAUCUCACACUGGAGAGAAACCUUAUGAGUGUAAUCAAUGUGGAAAGUCCUUCAGCACAGGCUCUUAUCUUAUUGUACACAAGAGAACUCACACUGGAGAGAAAACCUAUGAGUGUAAAGAAUGUGGGAAGGCCUUUAGGAAUUCCUCUUGCUUAAGGGUACAUAUAAGAACUCACACAGGAGAGAAGCCCUAUAAAUGUAUUCAGUGUGGAAAAGCAUUCAGCACCAGCACUAACCUUAUAAUGCACAAACGAAUACAUACUGGGUAGAAACUCUUAUGAAUGAAAUGACUAUAAGAUAGCUUUAAGGGGUGCUUCAUACCUCACUCCUCCUUUUAGAGCUCGCUCUAGAGAGAAACCCUAUUGUGACCAAUGUAGAAAGCCUUCAGGUACAAAUCUUGAGCUAUGUUAAAAAUGUUACGGUUCUGUGACUGUAUUUAUCAGUGAGUGUUUAAUUCUUAAAGUGUGACAACUUGUUAACUGAUGAGUAUUAAAGGUUAUCUAGCACUCCAAAUUCCCCUUGAUUUACAUCACAAAAGUUUUGAUAUCAGAGUUCCCGUCAUGGCUCAGUGGUUAAUGAAUCGGACUAGGAAC